AGUGGCUCAUCUCGCUGCGUAUCCCGCCUCCAUAGACCAGCUGUCAUGACAGGGCUCGGUUCUGCAGCUGUACCGGGUAGUUGUCUUUAAACACCGUCGGAGCUUCGUAUCCGCCGCGGAGGCCGGACAGGUUGUACAGGGCAGAGUGGCUGGAAUUUCUUGAAGAUGUUCAGGGCCAACGGUAUCCUCAAGUUGGCAGUGCUCGUCUUUGCAUUCCUGCUUCUCGUCUUUCUGGCCUUUCAACUGCUGGAUCUCACCACGGACUUUAAAGUUGGCAAACUGUUCACCAUGUCUGGUCCAGAAAGUACAGUGACCGUGAAGCCGGUCAAGCACAAGUGCGGGCUUUCCAAGGCGUGUCCGCCGGGACACUUUGCCUUCAAGAUCGCGAGCGGCGCGGCCAGCGUGGUGGGGCCGCGCUUCUGCCUGGAGGAUAAACUAGUAAUGAGCAGCGUGAAGAACAAUGUGGGCCGAGGGAUCAACAUCGCUCUGGCUGAUGGAAGAACAAGCGAAAUUAUAAAGACAGACAGUUUCGACAUGUGGGGAGGAGAUGUGGUCCCCUUAAUUAAGUUCCUGAAGGAAAUCGAAGAAGGGACCAUCGUGAUGAUGGCUUCGUUUGACGAUCCUGCUACAAAACUUAACGAUGAAGCCAGGAAGCUCAUCGCCGACCUGGGCAGCUCGUCCAUCAGUAAUGUGAAAUUCCGCGAUAACUGGAUCUUUGUGGGAGGGAAAGGGAUCAAGACCAAGAGUCCCUUCGAGCAGCACAUCAAAAACAGCGCCGACACCAACAAGUUCGACGGCUGGCCGGACGUGCUGGAGAUGGAGGGCUGCGUCCCGCAGAAGCACGAGUGAGCAGCGCGCCGCCGUGCGCCGGAAGCCGUCUGCCGUUUCUCCCCCCCGUCUCUGGUUUUCUGGUUACGCCUCUUCAGCCGACAGAAGGGAUUUCACUUUUUUUUUUUUUUUUGCACCAUUCAAUCCAAAGUCUCUGCUGAAGAUGUGAGCGGGACAAAGGGCCGCUUGUCUGCGGGAAAUCGAAGCCCUUCUGAAGUUCUUCCAGGGCUCGUAGCGAAGUUAGUCCGUAGAUUGCUCUGCCCAGAAAGCAUCCAUUGACUCGCUCUGAAGCCCAGAGACGUUUCUCAACGGGCCGCGAAGACUGACUCCCUCCCACAUUGCCUUAAUCAUCCUGCGUUCAUUUUUAAAAAAAAAAAAUGUUUCCAUCUUUAUGAUUCUUUUUGUUUGUUUGUUUCAGAGCUUUUUAUUUGACUAAAGUUCUUAUUUAGUAGGAUUUUGUGUAUUUUCAUGACGGGAAAACCAAAUGUACCAAAUUCACUGUGAAAUAUGUAAAUAUUUGUUUAGAGAAGGGUCCAGAUUCUGAAUAAUUUAAUGAACAUUGUAAUAUUAAUAUAAUUUUCUUAAAAUAAAUGAUGCAGUUAGUUGG